AUGAAAUCGAAUCUUUUAAAAAUGCUAAAAAGAAAAAUUUCAGAGGAUUUUGAGACAUCAAUUCAUAAAGAAAAAUUAGAGUAUCAGGAGAAAAAUAAAAAAGAAAAGGGAGAUAACCUUUUCCUUGGGAAAAAAGAUGAUUUUAAAAGAGAUAAUUUAACAGUUUCUAAUAAUCUUGAACAAAUAGACGAAAAUAUAAAAAAAAAAAAGGAGAAAAUAGAGUCGUUACCUACUCCUCCAUUAAAUAUGUAUCUUGAUACGGAAAGGUGGAUCGAACACGAUUGGAUUUUGAUUUUGAAAAAUUAUGUUCAAUUUCUCUAUCGAAUCUCAAUGUUUAUGCAUGCCUUAUAUGCGGGAAAUACUUUCAAGGAAUUUCUGUUAUUUUUUGCAAUUUUUUUUCUAAUUGAAUUAGGUCGUGGAAGAUCUUCUCAUGCGUAUUUUCAUAGUUUGGAUGAAGCACAUCAUGUUUAUAUUAACCUUCAUAAUCUUAAGAUAUAUGUACUCCCAGAAUCAUAUGAGGUACACACGAAUGCAUUAGACGAUAUCAAAUAUGUUUUAAAUCCGACAUAUACAAAAGAACAGGUAAUUGCAAUGGAUAUGAAUAUUGAACCAUCUUAUGAUUUGGAUAAUAAAAGAUAUCUUCCAGGAUUUGUUGGUCUUAAUAAUAUUAAACAAAAUAAUUAUCUUAAUUGUGUGAUUCAAGCGUUAUCACAUAUAACACCAUUUCGGAAUUAUUUUAUUUUAGAAAACUUUGACGGAAAAAGUGAACUUGUUCAAAGAUUAAGCAUUCUUAUACGAAAAAUAUGGAAUGCCAAAGCGUUUAGAGGACAUGUAUCUCCUCACGAGCUUCUUCAAGAAGUGUCAUCAGUGUCGGGCAAACAGUUUAAGUUAACGGAACAAAGCGACCCUCUUAAAUUUCUUUCAUGGCUUUUGAACAUCAUUCAUCGUGAUCUUGGAAGAUCUAAAACAAAAGUAAAAUCAAGUAUAAUUCAUAGAAUAUUUCAAGGGAGAGUACGAAUUCAAAGUCAGCAGAUUAUCGCUAAAUCAGAUGCAAAUGACGCAGAUCGAUUAAGAUUCGAAAUUGGAAGAGAAAUUAAAGAAAACAUAUUACCAUUUCUAUUUCUGACAUUAGAUUUACCUUUACCACCUUUAUUCCAAGAUGAAUUUGAAGACAAUAUUAUUCCACAGGUUGCAUUGUCUACACUGCUUGCAAAAUAUGAUGGUAUAACAUCACAAGAACUUUCUGGACAAAGAAAGCGUUAUAAAAUUGUAAAAUUACCUCCUUUCUUAAUUUUUCAUAUUAAAAGAUUUACCAAAAAUAACUGGAGAAAUGAAAAAAACCCAACAAUUGUUAAUUUUCCUAUUAAGGAUCUAGAUAUGCGAGGAUAUAUUGAUCCUAUUCCACCACCAAAUGUAUCUACAGUAUAUGAUCUUUCUGCAAAUAUUGUGCAUGAAACUGUUUCUUCUAUGGAAGGAGAUAAACGGGUUUUUCGAACACAAGUCCGUAACAAAUCCAAUGAUACAUGGUAUCAGAUCCAAGAUUUAUUUGUUGAGGAAAUACCGAAAGAAAUGAUUUUUUUAGGUGAAAGUUAUAUUCAAAUUUGGGAACGACGAAAUCACAAGAAAAAAGCAAAUGAUUAA